AUGGCUCCCAAAUUAGUCAAAUCGGGGUCGUUCCGUCACGCUUUGGCGGAGAAGAAGGAGAGGCUUCUCUCGGGGAAGAGUAGUAGUAACAUUUCUCAGAUAGGGAUUGGCAUGACGACGUUAGAGGAAAGGCAAUCGAGGAUGGUGAAGUGGUGGAACACGGUUAAGCGUGUAACUGGGAAAGCAUGGGAAAUGGGUCGCUCUGAUCCAAGGAAGAUUAUUUUUUCUGCAAAAACGGGUCUUGCUUUGACCCUUCUUUCUCUUUUGAUUUUUCUCAAAGAACCCUUCAAGGAUUUGAGCCUCUACUGUGUCUGGGCCAUUCUCACUGUUGUCGUACUCUUCGAAUUCAGCAUAGGGGCAACUCUGAGCAAGAGCUUAAAUGGUGGAUUGGGGACCUUGUUGGCUGGAGCACUUUCUCUGGGGAUGGCAGAGUUAUCAACCUUGGCUGGAAAAUGGGAGGAACUUAUAAUUGUUAUAUGCAUCUUCGUCGUAGGAUUUUUCGCCACCUAUACGAGACUAUACCCUACUUUCAAGCCUUAUGAAUACGGAUUCCGCAUGUUCUUGAUCACGUACUGUUUCAUAACUGUAUCCGGGUAUCAAACAGGGGAAUUUGUUGAUACUGCUAUAAAUAGAUUUGUCCUUAUUGCACUUGGUGCUGCUGUGUCUUUGGGAGUAAAUAUCUGUAUAUACCCUAUCUGGGCUGGAGAGGAUCUUCAUGAUCUUGUCACAAAAAAUUUCAUGGAUGUUGCAACAUCUUUGGAAGGUGUUGUCAAUAACUAUCUUCAUUGUGUUGAAUAUAAGAAGGUGCCAUCUAAAAUUCUUACUUUCCAAGCUGCUGAUGACCCAAUUUACAAUGGCUACAGAUCGGUUGUUGAAUCUUCAAGUAAAGAAGAUUCACUGAUGGGUUUUGCUGUCUGGGAACCACCACAUGGUCAUUACAAAAUGCAUAACUAUCCAUGGCAGAAUUAUGUGAAAUUAAGUGGGGCUCUAAGGCAUUGCGCAUUUAUGGUCAUGGCUAUGCAUGGAUGCAUUCUUUCUGAAAUACAGGCCCCAGCUGAGAAGAGACAAGUUUUCCGUAGUGAGCUUCAAAGGGUAGGUUCUGAAGGAGCAAAAGUGUUACGUGAACUUGGAAACAAAGUUCAAAAGAUGGAGAAACUAGGCAGGGAAGACUUGCUGUAUGAGGUGCACGAGGCAGCAGAGGAAUUGCAGCAGAAGAUUGAUAAAAAAUCAUACCUUCUUGUGAAUUCAGAGACCUGGGAAAUUGGAAACCGCCCAAUAGAGGAGGAGGAGAGUGAUCCUCAACGACGAGGCCUCUUUGACGUGGACGAAGAACGAAAAUUUCUUGAGCACAAGUCUCGUAGUGAAGCAGUCCUUGAUCUCAGAACAGUUGAAGUUCCACAUUCUUGGGAAGGAAAUUUAACUCUAGGCAAUAACCCUGCUGGGCCUGUGAUCGAUGCUUCUCAAAACAUAUCCAGAAAACAGAUAUCUCGGCCUGCUCAUAUUUAUUAUUAUCAUAAAUCAAAUGCCGAGGUCAAAGAGGGUCAAGAACUAAAAACUUACGAAAGUGCUAGUGCAUUAUCUCUAACAACAUUUACAUCGCUUCUGAUUGAGUUUGUAGCAAGGCUUCAAAACCUGGUGGAUUCAUUUGAGGAACUAAGUGAAAUAGCAAACUUUGCUGACUCCCUUGAGCAACAAGAACCAGUAACAUCUCAAGGAUUUUGGACCAAGUUGUUUAAAUGCUGA